UGCUGAUAGCGCCGACGGCGGCGGUUCCGCAACGGGUGGCUCUCCUGGCUCAGCUCCCACUGCUUGUUCAGCAUGUGGGACCGGUACUGGUUGAAAAGGUGCUCCCGCACAUGAUGAACAUCGCAAAGUCGGAUCUCCCACCGCUCUCCUCGCUUCUGCAGAGCGAGAUGGCGGCAGCGGCAGCGGCAGCAGCGGCGGUGGGGGGAGGUCCCCGCCGGCGCUGUCGUCGGAUGCUGGGCGGCCGGCGAGCCAAAAGUCUGCACUGGCGGCAAGAGAGCUCGCUGCCGCAGUUGUGGAUGCCUUUGACGCGCUCAUUGACAACGGGCUGCUUCCAAAGGCCAAUCUGGUCUCGGACUACCUCCCGCUUGCGCUGAGCCUGAUCGAGUCCAAGACCGAGUGCCUUGCCAAUCGUUGGGCGUUCUCGCUGCUGGCGGCAGUGCGCAAGCUGCCUGCGAGCGCGCUGGAACAGCUGGUUGAGCCGCUCGCCGCCACUGUCGAGGUGGCACAGCACCUGGAGCUCCGCAUUCUCGGCUGCCGGCUGCACGGAGCGGUAGUGGCGCGACUGGGCGAGGUUGGCAAGAGCGUUGGAAGUGGCGUGCUCGACGACGUUGCCGCGAGUGCGCUUCUGCUCUGUCAGGAUACCGACCACGAGGUUCGGCGAGCGAUGGCGCUCGAGCUGGACCGGAUCGGGCGUGCGCUCGGCGCGUCGCGCACUGUCGCUGCGGUUGUGCCGGAGCUUGCUUCGCUCCUCAACGACGAGCGCGACGAGGUGGUGACUGCCGGCCUUGAUGCAGCGGCGGCGCUCACCCGCAACGGCUUUCUCCCGUCGGCGGCAGUGGCCAACUCGCUCUUGGCCCCGAUUCUUGACAUGUAUGCCAGCGCGUCGCCGGCGUUGGAGCUCUCGCUUGCUUGGUUGCUCGGCCCGUUUGGAGUUCAGCUCGAACCGCUGCUUGAUGAGAGCGGGCGGCAGACGUUGGUGCGCGCUUUUGUGGACUAUGCGAGCGCGCGGCCGCCGUUCGGCGAUCAUCCGGGCGUGGCGCUGCUACAGCCGGCGCGCUCGCUGCUGGCUCCGACGAUUGACGGACGCGCGCUCCCGUCGCUGCUUGAGUACACGGUAGAGCCGCGUGGGCUCGUUCCGCUGGCGGUGGCAUUCAACUCGCCGGCGGUCUUUGCCACCUUUGGCGGCGUGCACAAGCACGGGCUUGUUAUUUGCAAUGUGCUCGACAAGCUGACCCAGUCGGAGGAAGAGUGUGUGCGAGCGACGCUGGCAAGAGCACUGCCGGUGGUAGGCGAGUGCAUUGCAGACCGAGCGGCGCCGGGCAGCGAGUCGAGCGUGGCGAUGGCGCGAGCGGUGCGCGACGUCUCGCUUGUGCUGCUCUCGGACAGCAGGCCCGAGGUGGCCGGCGCCGCCACGGCCGGGCUCUCGCGCCUGUUGGAGGGACUGGACACGGCGCUGCGGACGCGGGCCAAGGCGUGCGCGCUCGCACCUGCGGCCGACAUUCGGUUCUUUGCGCCGUACGCGCCGGUGCUGCUGGCGGCGUUUGCGAGCCUGCCGGCGCUAGCGUGGCGGGCGCGGGCCGAGACGGUGAGCCAGUGGGCGGUGGUGGGGCGAUUCUUCGACCACGAGGUGGUGUUUGGCGACUUUGCGCCGGUGCUCCUGGGCCUGCUGACAGGCUCUGGGACGGCGAGUGCGGUGCGAGCAGCAGCAGCCACCACGCUGGUGGUGACGAUGCGGACGCUGCGGCGGUCACAGCUUCGCAACGAGCUGUGCAACAGCGUGCUGGCCGAACUCGCGCGCGGCAAGUCGUCGUGGCGGCGGGUGGCGUUUGUUGACGUGGUUGCCGCCGCGGUGCGGACAUGCUCGCGCGCGUUUGUCAAGGACAAGUUUCUGCAGUCGUUCCUGGACGUGGCCAACGACAACGUGGCCAAUGUUCGGCUGCGUGCGGCGGCACAGCUGGUCCACAUCAAGCGAAUGCUCUCGCUCCCGCUAGACACAUACCUGCUGAAGAAGCUGGAGGACAUUGCCGCGGCGUACGCGUCAGACCCGCUGCCAUCGGUGGCGGCGGCUGGACGGGCGGCGAGCGCAGAGCUGGCACGGAUCAAGUUGGUGCCGGCCGUGAGACACUCGGUCACGCCGCAGUUUGAGGACGAUCUGCAGGACCAGCGCAAGGCCGAGGAGGAGACGAAACUGCUGACAUUGAGCGAGGCGAGCUUCUUGAAGAGGCUGCUGCCGAGCGGCAGCGGCAGUGCGACUCGGCAGGCAUUCAGCUCUCGCUCUCGGCGUCGUCGCUGACGCUCCCGGGCAUGUCGUCGAUGUCGAGCAAGGCCUCGACAUCGACGUCGUCGCUCCAUGCCGUGGCGUCGGCGCCGCCGCCCAGCGGCCGGCGGAGUGGGACCAGCGGCCGUGUCCGCGGACGCGGGUCGGCAUCAAUGCGGCGGAGCGGUAUCGGCAGCGGCAGCUCGUCGCUAGUCUCGGGCCCAAACGCUAGUUCUGGGCCUGGGUCGUCGGCCCGCGGGCACCGGUCCAGCGCGCCGACGCGGGCCAAGGCUCGGAUCGACACCGGGCUGCGCCGGCGGGCCGAGCCGCGGAGCCGGUCAAGCGCGCGCGGUUCAUCAACCUCG